UUCUCGUUCUGUUAAAUAGUAUCAUCAAGUCACUUAGCAAACUUUUCUAACGUUAGCUUGACUUCAAAUGAUGUAAGGAUGAGAACUUUUAAAUAUUUCUUGCCUCUGAGGUUGAUAUCACUUGGCAAGUCUCCAUUGUGUGGAGAAGGGUAAUUGCCAGAUUCUUCGAAUAUGGAAACCCACAAUAGUUAUCAAAGUCAAUAAAUGUAUCAUUACCUUAACUUGUUAAUGUAAAAUUCGGUAAAUAUGGAAAGUGUAUGGUUUCUUCCUUUGUAUAUAAAAGAUUUAACGAUGCCUAGUGUAUAAAUCUUCUUUUUUCUCCAUUGAGUUUCAGUCUAGGGUUUUCUUCUUCUUUUUCACCAAGCUUCCUUCACAAUGGCCAACCCAAACCAAUCUGUCCGGAUUUGCAUACUAAAAGUCGAUCUUAAGUGUUGCACCGGUUGCCAAAAAAAAGCAAGCAUGAAGUUGCAGAGUAUCCCUGGUGUAGACGAAGUACAGUAUAACAGCGAAAAAGGGCUCAUGACGAUCACAGGUGACGUAGAACCUAUGACUCUAGUUCGUAAACUUAAUAAAUGCGGCAAAAAAACAGAGCUCUUCUCAGUUAAGUACCAGCUUGAAGAUGAUGAUCUAAACAGUGAGGACGAAGAUGACGCUUCUUCUGACUCUACUAGUUCAUAUUAUGAUCCUAAACCCAUGGAACGUGAAGUCCAAGAGAAGAUGAAGCAGCAGAACAAGACAGGGCUACCAAAAAAACCUUCUCUUCUAGGGUGUUUCAGCAGUAAAUCAAAGGUUGUUCAGCCUUUACCGAUGCGAAACCGAAACUGGCAUAUCCCAUCAAAGUUUGGGAAUGGCCCUCCAGGCUUUGGCUUUCCUUUUGCCAAUACUACUACAUCAUCACAGUUGCUGCGGCCUCCGUAUCCCAUGAUGCCCUAUCCACCAAUGAUGCAACAACAACAACCACCACCACCUUUUCCAAUGACAGGAGCUGCAAUGCCAUACAAUGUUAACAUGUACCAGACAGCAUACCAACCUUAUUUUAUGUCGAAGCAGGCACCAACGGACAAGUUUAACACUGGGCUGCAUUUCACUGGUGGCAAGAAGUGACUCGGAAUGCUUUGAUUUUAUUUCCUAGAUGCAUAUACUAAGCAAAAGAUUUGUUUUGCAUUGAAGUGUCGUCUCUUUUGCCAAUUGCCAGUAAUGAACAUUUCGUAGGCCUGGCAAAAUUUUAAACAAAAGAGUAAAUUUUUACGUCAUUCAUGUGUGCUUCUCUGCGUCUUCCGAAUCUGGUUGCAUAGUUUGCACAUUUGUAUAAGAUGAACUUUGUCUAUGUCAACAAGAAUCUGAUUCAUAACACAACUGAGAAAACAUAAGAUUUGUGCCUAUUGGUAGUACUAGAAUCUAUUGUCUCCUGGAGAAUACUUGUCUUGAGAUUUGUCUAUUGUGCAUCAUGUUUUCCCUCUUCAAUGGCUGUUUUCAUGUUCGCCCUCUAAAUCUUUCAAGUAUCCCAUGAA